CCGUCAAGGCCGCGGGGUUUGGUUGCACACAGGCUGCAGUUUCAGUUUGUUUUAUUCACCAUUUUGAGUAGCUGAAGGUAAAAAAAAUUAAGAAUAUUUGCGUUUGGAGGACACGCCGCUGCCGUACUUUUGUUUCCACGGAGUAGCUCGGACGGUGGAGUCGUGCAUCAACCUCGCUCCCCCCUCGGUGUUUCGCAGAGCGGGAACCUAUAUUUCUUUUUUUUCCCCGUGCUUUUUUUCUUCUCCCCCCUUUCUUACAUCCUUAACCUCUACAGUAUUCCUGCAAAAUGUCAAGACCAGUGAGGAACAGGAAAGUGGUGAACUACUCACAAUUCAACGAGUCUGACGAUGCAGAUGAGGAGUAUGGUGACAGUAAGCCGAAGAAGGUGCGCACAGCCCCUCGGGAGCCCAAGCACAAGCGCUCAAAGAACUCACAGGAUGACAGUGAGGACUCUGAUGAGAAGCUCACCAAACCCAAAAAUGACUCAGCAGAUGACUUUGGCAGCGAUGAAGAAGAUAAUGACUUCGGAGAGGAGGAGGACGAAGACGGAGGAAGUGACUAUGAAGAAAAACGAGGAAAAAAGGGAAAAAAAGCCAAGGUGGAGAAGCCCACCAAGAGGACGCCGAAGAGGAAACGGGCUGCAGAUGACAGUGAUGACGACAGGGAAGUGAGUCGAAAGCGUACAGUGCGCCAGGCGGCCUCCAAGGCGGUGUCCAAACAGAGGGAGAUCCUGCUGGGCGAUGGAGGCAGCGAGGACGAGGAGCACGAAGACCAAGAGGAAUCCUACCUGGACCCUGACGAGUCGGGCAGCGAUGAGGACUUCAUGGUGGAGGACGAUGAUGACAGCGACUACGGUCACUCCAAGAAGAGAGGCAAGAAGGUGAUUCGACGGGGACGGACAGACAAGAAGGAGAAGAAAUCCCCCAAACCCCGACUAAAGGCCACAGUGACCCCCAGCCCAGUGAAAGGAAAGGGGAAGGGCCGUCCCAGCGCCAAGGCCCUGGAGAAGAGCUCACCCAAAGAGGAGGAGGAGGACGAGCCCGAGAGCCCCCUGGAGGAGGAAGAGGAGGAGCCCGAGAAGAAGGAGAGCUCCCCGCCCCCCAAGAAGAAGAAGGAGGCGGCGGGCGGCGAGGAAGAGGAGGAGGACGAAGAGGAGGAGGACGGCUCGGAAGAGGAGGCGCCUUCUGGAGAAGACUAGACGAUGCGCUGCCACCGCCGAAGCCCAUCCUCCACGUCUCUCUCUCUGUCUCUUCUCAGAUUUUUUUGUUUUCUUUUGUUGCUCUGCGUUUAGAGUUUUUUUUUUUUUUUUGUUUUUUUUUUUCUUUCUUUGUUUUGUUGGUUUUUUUUUUUCUCAUCCUGGUGGCCUGGCUCAACGGUUUGGACUUGGUGUGCUUCUGUUUUUUUGUGCGCGUUGUGUUUUGUUUGUUUCCCACCCUCCCCUCGAAGCACCGCUGCUGCUCUGCCGCUACACCCAUCACGACCCCCCACGUUACUUUUAUGAGUACCACUUUACAAUAAAAACCACCCUUUAAUAUCUACACCUUUACUAAUCGGUUGUCCUUGAUAACGGUUAUUAAGUCGUGAUACACAAAUGAUUUAGGGCUCAGUAUCAGGUCACUGCUCUCAUCUUGUUACUACUUAUUAACCGUCUGUUCUGUUGCAUCUCAGAUCCAACUAUUUGCUGGCGUUGCUUUAUCUUGUCUUUUUUCUCAAUCGGCACGUUAAACCUUUUACUAAUUAGUUACUAUUGUUUAUAACCUGCAAAAAGGAGCCUUAUAUUAAAGAUGAAGUCGACUGGUUUAAUGCUGGCUGAUGGAGAGAGGACAAAACCAAGGAAUGCGAUCUGAGGUUUAACAGUUAAUUUAACUGCAGUUUUGGCGAUUUGGCCUUUUUUACUAUUGCGUUAUUGUGGAUUUUUGAUGAUUUACAACCUCGUUACAAAGGUGUUUGUCAUCAGCUGUGUUUCUGCAAAAUAUCUGGCGACUUCGAGGCAAACUAUGCGAUGUUUUCGAAUAAACGAUGCGGCGUGGCGUCGUCAGAAGGGGGCGCUAUAGCUGCUGACGUAAACAGAUGAAGAAGAAGAACAGCGUCUGAUUUUUCACAGAUGAAACUGAAUAACGACACUACUCAUCACUACAAACAGCCUUAUGGGAAUAUUUGCGACACUGAGCCAUCACGAAUUCAACGUUCAGUAUGUCCAAACGUAUCCUGUCUUAAAGUUCGAUGCAAAAUUGAGGGGUUUUUUCCUCAAAUUUUGCCUUUUUUCGUAAACGUCGCUUACAAGAAACACGACGCUUGUAAAGUGGUACUGGUUCUUUUCUACUCUCGUCAUGACACUAGAGCACGCUCCUGUAUAUUUUCUGUAUUCUAGUGUACAUUCUGACAGUGCCGUUAGUGAACAUCCGUCCCGAGUCGUCACCGAAACCGACUUUUUCGUGUCUUUCUACUAAUGGGAAAUCAGCGAGCGCACACACAGGACCGCAGCCUCUUUUCUUCUCUUUGGUACUUUGUGCUUUCUUAAAAAAAAAAUAAAGGAGCAUGUUUUUACAGGGCGUCUGUGUUCUGAAAACGGUUCAUUCACUUUCUAAACUUUCUCCUUGAGAAUGGUGCAGACUGUGUCCGCGGCCUGUCUGUUCUGUGGGCUGAAGAGAUGAAACAAAUGCGUUUUUUUUGUUUUGUUUGUUUUCUGGAAGGUUUUUCCACCUGCAUCCACCGAUCAGUGGGUGUUUUUCUUUUCCUUGUUUUUUCUGAUACUGUAGACUGAAGGAGGGCCAGGUCAGCGCUGAGUGUGUGCAGGAAUUUCACUAUCUGAGGUGUCGCUGUGUGUUUUUACGUUUCUUGUGUGGGUAUAUUUUCUUUUUUUUUUUUGUUUUUUUGUUUUUUCCUCCUCGUAAGCUGCACAUGUGAAGCGGUUUCCAUUGUACGUUGGGCUUUUAAAUUAUGCUACGUGAAGCAAAAAGAGAAAAGGAAAAAAAAAAAACCUGGCUCCGCCCCUUUUUCCUGCAUCUGCAUGGCCUCAGCAUCUUAACAUCUCAACCCUUUGUGCCAGGCGACCCUAAACUUUUUUGUUGUUGUUUUGUUAUUUUUUUUUUUUUAAGAAUUGCAAGAAGAGAUGUCUGUUUUUUUUUUUUUCCUUUUUUUUUUUUUUUUUCCUUUUUUUUUUUUUUGAGAGUCCAAAAAAAAAAUGAUUGUUGUUUUUCUCCUGUUGGUUCAUUGUUCUAAUUCUCUAUUCAGAUUUUUUUUGUAAUGUUUGUUUUUUAAGAAAAGAAAUAAAAAUGUAUCUUGAUUUUAAAGAAAAAGCCGACCCUAUCCAGUCUGUUCUGCCUGACGACCGGCCUGCGAGGGGGCCGGCCGUCACCCCCCCCACCCACCUACCCACCUUUUCCCUCCCUCAUGUCUUUUUCUUUGAGGCCCCCCCCCAAUCCCUUUUCCUCCCUCCCAGUCCAAUCUGCUCGAUGGUCAAUUUUGUUUCUCUGAGCUUUCUGUUGCCCAUAUUUAGAGAUAUUCCAUAUAUGUAGGGGUGUAGUCGUACCGAGGCUCAGAAAAGAUUCAAAAGACGAGGCGGCCAUCUUCGUAUAUAUACCCAGAGAUCAGCUCUAGGCAUUCAUUUGUCUAUUAAUGCCUUAAUUUUCAUUGAGUUCCUGUUUCAGUAGUGCUCUGAUAUCAUCGUUCGGAGGCCUGAGAAUGUAAUCUGUCCUCAUGUUUAGGUCUCUGCUACAAGCUCAAAAAAAAAAAAAAAACAGAAGAAAAAGUUUGGCUUAGAAUCACAAUUUGUAAGACGAGCAGACCAUCCGAAGCCAUAAACGAUCUCAAAACUAGUGAUUUGGAGAUCAGGUGCAGCACUUGUGAGAUUGUCCUUCUUUUUGUGAUAAACAGUGUUUGAUGUCAAAGCAAAAAAGACAAAAAAAAAGAAAAAGAACAAAAAGCUGGAAUUGUACGGAGCCCCUAAAAAAUCAUGUACGAAGAAGAUAAACAAAUUCGUCUUGUUUGUACAGGUUUUUCUUGCUCGAACAAGAAAAUAAAGUAUCACCUUUAGGGGCUCCAUAGUAUUGUGAUCUUGGGAAAUUAAUUUUUAACACCUCCUUUUGAUCAAUCCCAAGGCUGCAAUAUAAAGUAACUGUCCUGGACUUUCACAGGUCAGGACACAAAAUGAACCUAGUCUUUGGUUCGGAAGCACAUUUGAUUGUUUUAUGACUCCUUAGUAGCAGGUUAGUGUGUUUUUUCUACGUUCAGGUCUCGGAAGGAGAAAAAAAAAAUUGACUCCCGAACUUAAACUGUCAUUUUAGGAACGAUUGGAUAAUUUAAGGAAAAAUAAAUGUGUUUGUACAAAUCUAAAAAAGCUGUGUUCGCAGUAGGAACAGAUACUGUCAGCACCGAGGGCUUCAUUCACAGGAGGCACAUGGCAAAAGGCUGUGAAUUUCUCCUUGUUUUCAUCCAUUUCUGAUUUCUUCUGUUGUACUGUUUUGACUUUGUUUUCUAUAUAUACCUUCAGUUGUACUGGCAAAUGUAAAUGUAAGCCAACUUUGUGAUUCCUGCAGGAGACGCAGUGGAGAAGCUUUUUGUCAGUAGUGUGGAAAAAGGAACGCUGAACUCUUGAAUCUUUUUGCAUGUUGUGGAAAAAGGUGCGAAGCGAUGAUGAUGAUGAUGAUGAUGAUGAUGCUGGCAAUGGCAAUAUUGUGGUCUUACAAAAAAAAAAGUAUUAACGACGAUGUUGAUAAUGUUUUGGUUUCCCAGCUUCUAAUAAAGGCAACCUACUUUUUA